GUUCAGCCGACAUCUUGGAUUUCUGAUGUGUUACGUUGAAGACUUGACUGUAUAAAAAUGCCGCAUAGAAGAACGAGAGGGGGAGAAUCAAGCUGGUUUCAGACGGCAAACGACGAUGCGACGACGUUCUGGUUUCGUGACCUGAUCCGAAUGGGGAUCUUCCCCGAAGCCUGGGGGCGGCAGAGGGUCCCCGGGCCGCGGUACAAGCCCUGGUGGUUCCGGGGGGAGCGCAAGGGGCACACGGUGGUCCUCAUCGCCACCGAGAUCGGCUUCAUCUCGGCAAUAAUCGGGCUGAUCGUCGGCUUGCACAUGAACUACCUCGGCCCGAUAAUCUUCGCGGUCGGAAUCAUCCUGCUGGUGCCGGCAGGGUUCUGGCUGAUCUGGGAGUUCAACAUGGCGACUCGAGCAGACAGGAGGGAGAGACAAAGACGGGAGGAGGAAGAGGAGGAGGAGGGGGAGGAGGAGGAGGAUGCUGAUGAUGAAGGGGAGGGGCCAGUAGCAGAGAGGAGAUCCCGGGACGGCGCCCGAGAAGACCUGCCCAGUGUGAGAGAUGGCGGACAGAUCCAAGUCGUCGUCCCAUCACCCCCUCCGUACGAGGAAGUGACGUCACAAGACCGCCGCCAUCUUGGAGACCAGAACGAGGCCAGCACCCCGCGGCCGCCGCCCUACGCCUCGGUAGCGGAAGUUGACGAGCGAACAACACGGCAGCAGCAACAACAACAACAGUCGUCUCGAAGCGAAGAACCGCGAAAUUCCGAACAAUGUCCUUCGUACACGGAGGCAAUACGAAGCCCGACAAGCCGAAGUCCUGCCGAGGAAAUGCCGUCUGAAUUACCACCUGUGCCACCGCCUGCGUACGAAGAAGUCGUCAACAGAUAGGGACAAAAACAGUCGCGAGCGAUAGAGACAAUACGCCAUCGAUGGUCGCCUAUAAACUUCAAGACUGACUCCAUCAAACAGACAUUUCUUCUUUUUAUGUCAGUCAUUUUCGAUGGAACAACUGGGCAGAAGUUGUUUCACAUCAACGAAUACAAUUGUAAAUCUUGGUUUCAUCAAUCUAUUAUACACCGAAAUUACAGAGUUACAGACAGUUUCGCUAAUAUCCCUCAUCAUAUUUCGCUUCACUGUUGAAGAUCGCUGGACAGCCGUCGAAACGUCUGUUACUUUUUCCUUAUUCUGGUGUGUUGAUUAAACCAAUAUUUGUAAAUUGUAGAGACUAAAGUUACAAAAAGCCGUGCAUAUACAACCUUGCAAUCCAUCGUUCCUUAUGAAAAAUUAAUACCCAAGAAAUCACACAGUAAGAUCAUGAAUUAGAGCCUUUUCUACCAAAUCAAAACUGGAAGAAAAAAAACAAAAAAGACGGAGUUUCAUCUCCAAAAGCACAGUGUCAAAUUGCUAAUAUUGCGUAAUGUCAAUAUAGAUAGGCUAGAUAAGUUAAGAAAGUUAUUUUCAUGUCUAAAACUGCUGUACAGUUAUAUACGUAAUGUCGUCUCCGUAUUUAAUAUACAGUGUUGUAACCUCGCUAAGCAGACAUUGGUGCGGCGUAAAAAAUAAGGUAUUCUACCAUCUAAGGACAUGUCACAAAGCCUUACCAGCGCCCAGAAAACGAGGUUAAAAUAAGACUUUGAUGUUUGAUAUUUGUAGGAUCGAUAUCAAGUUCCAUGCCACCAGUUAGGUAUCAUACAGUGUAACUGUCACGACUCGGUACAGAAUUUGAAACUGUUUAAGAGGAUAUAGCCGUUUAAGAAGGCAUAAAAAGAUCAACCAUAUUAUACUGGUACUUCCUCGAAUUCUUAACUUAAGAUAAUAAAUUGUC